GUCAAGUCCGCAACCAACGCCGCAUUCUCGAAUGCUGACAGUCUGCCAUGAUCUUCUCAUGAGCGGCUCCCAGCUCCCAGCACACGUGCGGAGAACAAGUGCUUUCUGAGGCUAUUCGCACCGUUCUUUGUCUGUUGUAGCUGCCGCCACCGCCUAGCUCGACAGCCUUGCCGCCCAAGGCUAGGAGAAUUUAUCGACCACCGUCAAGCAAGGCUGGACUCUUGCCACGCGGUCUGCAGCGACUCCCUUACUUCACUUCACUGAGAGGCAACUUUACUGGAUCGUUUUGCAAGUGUACCUCAACCCGUCGGCCUAGAGCAUCUGGGGCCCAGGAGUUCGGUUCAGAAGGGUCGAUCACGUCUGCCCGUGUCACCCCUUGUACCCGACAGAGUGGAAAACCCUCUCUCGAUUGGAUGGCAUCACGGUAAAUCUGGCUUGCCAAAAUGGCCUUCGAGACCAGCACUCUCGUGAACGGCGAGUGGACCACCCGGACUCUUGAUGUUGACACCGUCCUUAGGCAUUAUGACCAAAAGGAUAAAGAAGCUACUACAACGUUUAUGGAAGUCGAGUCAGCUCCCACCAUUGGGAUCCUGACUCAAACUGUCAUACGUAGCCCCUUGGUCCACUGGAUUCUGCCCGUCAAGCUCAAGGACCUCGAGACACAGCAUGUAGCCUUCAUUGGGGACGAGUUUGUCCAGAUCAAGGAGUUGCGACCUGAUGGACACCUCUGGGAUGUGCUCCGAAAGGAGAAUUUCGGUGCUCGUAUUCGAAAUGCACGUGUUGUUGGAUCGGUCAAGGCAUACGAAGAGGACAUGAAGCUUGAAGCUACGCAAGUGAAGGACGAGGAUGACGACGUCUCUAUGGACAACGGCGAAGCUCAGUCGAAAGCUCAGCCUCUCGGCAGGUCGGCCCUGCCGCCUCAGUUCCUUCUGCUACAACUGCACACUGGCGAUUCCGUGUUUUUAAGGCUUCAUCAACUGGAAAAUGGGAAACUGGCGUUUAUUUCCAGUCGUCACCGGGUAACAAAACCGAUGCUCACCCUACAGCCAGGCAUACAUCUUGCUGUUGACCCAAGUUCUCGGUACAUGGCCAUAGGCUGUUCUGAGCGUCUCUUAACGAUCUAUGCAUUACAUUCAAGGGACCAACUGAAAGAGCAGUCUCCUAUGGGACCAGAGCUACGCCAUGUCGAAUCCGAGUCGAUCAUGUCUUUGAAUGGACUCAUUCAAAAGAUGGAGUUUCUUUAUCCAUCACCUGAUGAUGAAGGUCACACCAUCCUGCUAGUGCUAGUCGUCAUUAAGGGAAAGACUCGAAUGCUACUAUACGAGUGGGAAACAGGCAGCGAUCUCAAGCAGAUCCACGCACAUAGCAACAAGGGCCACUUACUGGAGCAGUCCCGACAGAUGCCGCUCUUGCUCAUUCCAUUGACCUUGAAAUCGUCUUUCAUUCUCGUCUGCGAAGAUUCAAUGGCCGUCUGUCAGGGUAUCCUUCAAGGUUCACCAACUUUCAUAGAUUUCAACAAUAGGAUCGAUGUGCCUACUGAGCUUCACCAUGGAUCUGGGAGACCGUUGUGGACUGCAUGGGCCCGACCGCCGCGUUUGCCGGGAUAUGCAAGAGUUCGGGACGAUAUAUACAUCGCCCGAGAGGACGGUCUGAUCAAAUUUCUGGAGAUUGACUCAACAGAAGACGAAUUUGUCAAGGCGGACAACAAUAUUGGCGAAUUUGGAGCCAAUUGUGGAACUGCACUAGCUUGCCUCGACUUUGAAACUCAACACAAUAAGAGUGGUGAUCUUCUUGUUACAGGGGGCGACUCGUGUCCAAGUGGGACAUAUUUGAACGAGGCAAGGAAAAUACCUACAUUGACUCAACCAAUUCCGAAUUGGUCGCCGGCACAUGACUUGGCCAUCAUGUCCUAUGAUAAAGGGAAGAAAUACCUUGCGAACGAUGAAGUCCGAAACGAUGAAAAUGCACCUACCAAACCAGAUCGACUAUUUGCUUGUGUCGGUAAAGGCAUAAAGAGUUCUAUUGUCGAGUUCAGAUACGGCAUUGAAGGCAAAUUGGGGCUCGAGAUGGAUUACGAAAUUCCAAUCUUGCAGUCUUGGGUGCUUCCUCAAGAUUCGAAUGAACUCGAAGAGGAGAGUGGCUCGAUAUUUCUGCUCUCUUUGGGGGAUCACUCAGCAGCCCUCUUGCUUUCAAGCGAUGCGUCAGAUAUAAUGGAACUUGAUGUGACAUCAACGCGCCUAGACCUACGAUUUCGAACAAUCGCUGCAGCUACGCAAGAGCAAUACACGAUUCAAGUCACAGAACAGUCGAUAGUUGUGAUAUAUGGCACUCAGUGCCAUGUGUAUGAAUUGGAAGAGCUUCUACAUUUUGAGUCAAGACUGGACGUUCCCUCGGGCCUUGAUCCGAUGAUCCACGACGCUGCUAUUGGUGAAGAUGUUGUCAUAUACACCGUUUCUCGUGGAGGUUGCACUUACGUCCAAGUUUUAUGUCCUGAAAUUCCGACACAUGAUAUUAUGCAAAUUGAUGAUAGUUCGACAUCUCCGGCACGAAGCAGUAUUCGCACAGUUACAAAGAUUUCCUGUCAGGUAACAAGCUUAACCAUCGGCCAGGUAGAGGCAGGUCCUUUCGUUGUCAUUGCCGGAUUGGAUGAAGAGUCGAUAAUCUUGUCUUUUCAUUCGAUCCACACCGCAGGUCAACGGAUUUUGAGAAUUCCUUACUCUUUUGGUGAUGAAGAAAUCCCUCUGGAAUCGAUCGUUAGCAUGGCAACAGCAUCACUUCCGUCCGGAAACUUCCUAUUACUCUGCGGGACCCGGAACGGAAGGGUCCUGACGCUGGAGAUAUGUGGAAGCACCCUUGAAAUCAUUCUCUCCAGGUGCGACUGUAUCGGGGCUACAACCGCUAUACUGUGCAAAGAUGAAUACUCACAUUCUGGGGACCUGUUCUUUGUGAGCUGUGACUCGAAGGUUUGCGCAUUGACAAUAAAUACGCCCGAAGCAUCUGCAACUAGCUCCGAACGGUGUCUACGCAGUCUCGGUAUCAACCAAGUCUGGUUAACUGAUGCUUUGAAGCCUGAUCUUCAACAGCCAAAAAUAACCUCAAUCGCCAGACUGCCACCGAAUGGUCUCAGCAGUGCGGACAGCAAUCUUCUUCUCAUUGCAGGCUCUCAGCUAUUGCUAGCAGAGCUAAGCACUCAGCCCAAAGCCGUACCGCGCCAAAUAUCGAUUAAAGGGACCCCAACACGGUUGCUAUACUCUCACACUUUGGAAGUUCUCAUUGUCGCAGCGUCCAUAAAAGGAGGAUCCACCCUCCUUUUUAUCGAUCCUGAUACGGGAGAAGACCUGUCACAGCCGGUUGAUCAGAAGUCCAAGGAAUGUGUGGAAUUUGUUUCCGGCCUCGGCAACACUAAUGAAAGAGUCUUCCGGAUGUUUGAGUGGCCUUACACUAAAGACGGCAAGACAUGGAACUUUAUCAUCGUGUCGACGGAUACUGGGCGUCUUCUGAUCAUAUCGGUUGCUGACCAAGAACGAGUUCGAGAUGAUCUUCUACGUGCAGGCCUUUCACACCGCGAAGUCGAAAAUAGCCACCAUACAAGGUCGAAGAUCUCCUAUUACACACGCCAUAAGUUCAAAUGUGCUGAGCCAGUGUAUUCUGUAACUGGUUUCGCUGAUGGUUUAUUGUGGUGUGCUGGCGAGAACUUGUUUUGUGAUGUCCUCGACCUGGGGGAAAAGAGGUUCAAACGCGCUGCUCAGCAUCAACUUCCGUCUCCCGCCAUUGAUCUUUCCUACAACAACGGUGCCAUUUAUGCUCUAACUAAAGCUCAUUCGCUCGAAGUGCUCCGUUUAGUCGCUACAUCAGGAGAUUUUCAGAUUGUUCGGACACACGGUGACCCACUUUCUCGAGCGAGUUUACAUCACGCCAUGGUGUCUCUACCUUUAGCAAAUCGUCCAGUACAUCUAGUUUCGGACAAACUUUGCUCGAUAGUCGGACUGUGGCCUGCUUAUCACACCAAAGCCGAUACUCUGGUAACACUUUUCGAAGCAGAGCUCUCGUAUUCGGUGCUGAGGUUUCGUGCUGCAGAUUGCCGUCCCGUCUGGGAUGACGUUCGUAUAUCGAAGGGCAUCAAUUCAAAUACCAACGGCUUGGGUAAAAUGGGUACUGAACUUCAAGAUCCAAGGAAACGAUCAGAAUUACUUGGGCUAUCCAUCACAGGAGUGCUCAGCCACUACACUUUCCUCGAUUUCAAAACGUGGCAGUUCUUACGCUUUCUAAUCAAUCUCGCUAUACGAUCACCAUCAUUGUGUGAGUUCACGUAUCAGGACGAUCCUGUACCAUUAGAUUUGGCCGUAGAGCCGAAGCUCAUGAUGCACGUGGAUGGGGACAUCCUGAAAAGAUGUCUAGAAGGACGAAGCCUGGAGAAUUUACUUCGUGUCAGUCACGAUACAGCCGAAGCUCGCAAAAUAUUCGAAACAUUUUGUGAACUCCUCCAAGCAGCAGAUUGUGGAAAGCUGGAGAACAACGCUACUCCGGCUGCAUAUGUGGACCAAGCUUACGCUUUCUUGGAACUUUUUCUCCGCCCUGUACUGUAGAAUUCAUGUUUGAUGCUGGGACGAAGGUAGACGCGGUGCAGGAGGGCUCGGUCACAGCCCUUGAAAGCAGUAUCAUUACAGUAACGAUGCUAUGGAUGAUAAUCUAAGAAUUUAAGGAGAAGGGAUCACAUCACAUGACUUCUCUCAUUUCAUUGAGGGGAACUGACUUUAACACUUCCAGAAGAACUCUAAUGCUGGGUUUUCACUGGGUGACACUCGUUACUUGAAAUUUGCAGCCAAUUAAAG